GCCUAACUGUUGCUAUGACUACUGAAACCUUAGUGACCAAACUAAACAGAAAGGAGAGCCUUCCCAGUGGCCUCAGAAACACCAAGCAUGUCUGUCGACAUGUCUGCGGAAAAAAUGACAAAAGUAGAAGAGAAUUUGCAAAAAGCCGUGGCACUUAAGAAGCUGGUCAACAGAUGGCAGGAUUCACAUACUCACUGUAUGUGGCAGAUGACAUUGAGCCAACGGAGAAACCUGUAUGCUACCCUAAGGAUGCAGGGUGCUAUGGAACAGGAAUUGGCACAGUCCAACAGACAGCUGCUGAUGGUCCGUCAAGCUGCCUUACACGAGCUGUUUGAAAAGGAACAUCAACAGUACCAGCAGGAACUCAGUCGGAUGGGCAAAGCUUUUUAUGAGGAGAGACUCUGAGGCUGCCCAAACACUGCUCUUCCCUCAUGCCUGCCAACCCAGCCUCUAGUCUCUCCCUGGAGCUUCCCAAAGCAAACCUGGACCUGGGACUUAAGACCACCCCUUUCUCACUGUCAAGUCAACCCAAAUGUCGCCUCGGAAAAGAGGAGUGACGCCUUGUGGUUAGCGUGGGAUAUGCAGUAUCGUAAGGGGAGAGGAUGUACAAUGUCUGGUUUAAAAAAGUGAUUUGGUUUAACAAAUAAAGCUAACUCUUAAAAAUUUA